UACCAUCUCAAUUUAGGACCAUGUCGCGCCAGUUGAGUUUUAAUCCUCAAAAAGAGUUUGAAUUGAUUGAAUAUCCUGGAAAAGUGGUCAAUCCCGACCGUAUGCUGGCCACGCUAGGCGGCAUAAUCAACAUAUCCAAGGUUCUGGGCGAUGAGGUCAAGCGGUUGCCACUGCGUUUCCAUCCGGAGAAUCCCUACAACAAACCCGCCUUUGGUGAUUGUAGCGAGAAAACCGGUGUCCUGCUUUCCAUAACCGUCAGACGUCACAAAAAGGACAGACAGCGUCCGCCGGAAUACUUUGUGCGUGUUUUGGGCCACUGCAGCAGAGUGUUUACCUUCGAUUCCCUGUGUGACUUUCAGUACCUGCCCCUCUGGUCGACGCCGAGGAGUGACAGUGCCAACGCUGCCCUGGAGCUCACAUACGCCCUCGAUCAAUUGAUGCCCAGAGACAGCGCCGAUCUGGACUUUUUCAAACGCCGCCAUAGUCAGCUCCUGUCCCUCCCAGAAUUGUUCACGCACGUUGACGUGGUCUACCCAGGAUCCUAUCGCACCGACAGUCAGGAGGAUGGCCAGCAGGAGGUCCUCGGUGUGCAGUCAAAGGCCACCUAUGAUAACCAGGGCGUUAUCUCCUUCAACAUGGUGGACAGCUUUCCCACCCAGGCAGACUCACAGAAUCUCAAGCGACUUAAGGUGAAGUACGUGUCCGAUGAGCAGCUGGCCUGCGUCAAGAAACUCUUCGAUGACUGCCCCAUUUGGACACGGAUUGCGCUGCAAUAUGAGUCUGGACUGACCAAUGACAAGCUGAAGUGCAUAACGCCUUCGCUGGCCUAUUACUUCAGCAAUGGACCGUGGCGAACGAUGUAUGUACGCUUUGGCUACGAUCCACGCAAGGAUUUCAACAGUCGCUACUACCAGACAUUCGAUUUCCGACUGAGAUUCAGCACUGGCCUCUCGGAAUUCGUUUACUCCAAGAAGUUUGUGAAGCAGCGAAAGGCGGCUAACGCUUCGUCUGGACCUUCCGAGGACGGCUCCUCCGACUUGGUCCAGGACAUUGAUUAUCCCUAUUUUGACGAGCACAAGUUGCCGCGCUCCCGGCAGUGCAUGCUGCGUUACUCUGAUGUCCGGAUGGCAAGGAUUCAGGAAAUGUUGGAAAAGAUACCUACGCCUCUAACAGGAGCCGUGUGCAAUGAGAGAACCGGUUGGCUGCCGCCUGGAUUCGAUGCCCAAGUGCGGCAAAUUGUGUGCAGCACCAUUAGCGAACUGCUGCGCAGUCACUACCGCAAGGAGCAUCUGACAGCCGAGGUGGAAGCGGUUCCCCAGACCGAUGCCGCCGAGGAGGAGGACGAGGCCGAUGUCGAAGAGGAGGAAGACACGCAAGAAGAGGACAUGGAGCAAGAUGAAUCGCAGACCGAGCAGUACCCAGAUACCGAUAUUGAACAGCUCUUGGAUAAUAUCACCAGCUGAGGUGAUUCGCGACCGAAAGUUGGCUCGUUGGUUUAGAUAUUUAAAGGUUAAUUUAAGUGAAUUUAUAAUUUAUAUUUUAAGCAUUUAUUAAAGCCUCCUUUUAAAAGGUUUUUGAAGAAA